CUCCCCUGCGCCGCCGUCGCCGCCAUCUUACAGGAAGCGCCGGGCCGGAGCGGCGGCGAGGAGAGGAGCCCGCGCCGCGGCCAUGGCCGGUGUGCUCUGUAACAGAGCAAGACUGGUGACCUACCUGCCAGGAUUUUAUUCCUUAGUCAGAAGGAUAGUAAAUCCCAAGGCUUUUUCUACAGCAGGAUCCUCUGGCUCAGAUGAGCCUUACGUUGCUGCUACACCUCCUGAUAUAUAUCCAAGAACUGUGUGGCCUGAUGAAGUAAUGGGACCAUUUGGCCCUCAGGACCAGAGGUUUCAGCUUCCGGGUAAUAUAGGUUUUGAUUGCCACUUAAAUGGUACAGCUUCUCAGAAGAAAAUGCAAGUUCAUAAAAGUCUGCCUGAUAUAUUAGUCGAACCUUCCCCAAAUGAGCGGCAUGAAUUUGUGGUGACUCAAUAUAUAAAUGAGUUCCAGGGUGCUGAUGGCCCACAUAAACAGCAAAUUAAUAAUGCAGAAACAUACUUUGAAAAUGCAAAGGUAGAAUGUGCAGUACAAACUUGUCCAGAAAUCUUACGAAAAGAUUUUGAAUCCUUAUUUCCAGAGGUGACUGUCAAAAAUGUAACUGUUCUAACUGUAACUCAGAAAACUAACAAUGAUAUGACUGCAUGGAGUCAAGAAGUAGAGGAUGAAAGAGAGAUGCUGUUAGAAAAUUUCAUUAAUGGUGCCAAAGAGAUUUGCUAUGCGCUAUGUGCUGAAGGAUAUUGGGCGGACUUCAUUGAUCCUUUUUCAGGACAAGCAUUUUUUGGACCAUACACAAACAACACACUUUUUGAAACGGAUGAACGUUACCAUCACUUAGGAUUUUGUGUUGAUGAUCUUGGUUGCUGCAAAGUUAUUCGACAUAAUCUCUGGGGCACACAUGUGGUUGUAGGAAGCAUUUUCACUAAUGCUGACCCUGACAGUUCAGUCGUGAAGAAAUUAAGUGGAAACUAGGGACCUUUUACCUACUCAAAUUUGACAUCUGAAUUGUUUUACUUGAUGAUUUGUCUAUAAAUGCUGUCAGCCAAUACCAAACUUUAAAGUGUUUGCUCACUUGAAUAAUAAAUAACUGUUAUUUAUUUUAGUCUGUGUGUAAACACUUCCUUGAUGUUCAAUAUUAUUUGACAUCUUAUUUGGUAGGUACACAGAUGUGCCAUGUGACUCUUUUAUAAAAGCUGUGUGUCACCCUUGUAUAGAUCAACAUAACAUCAAACAUAGUUUAGCCACAUUUGACCUAAAAAUAUUAUCAUUUGCCACAUUUUAUUCAAGUCUGUUACCUUUACUAUGUGUCUGAACAAAUGUAAGCUUCUUGGUGAAAUCCUGACAUCACAGAAACCUAUAGGAAUUUUGAUCCUAAUUGGGCCAGGAUUUCACCUGAUCUAAUUACAAAAGAUUGUGUAACUUGUGGUUGUGAGUGUUGGAGUGAAGAUGAACCAGGUUCACUGGUCUGAGAUUUGAAUAGUGUUAAGUUGAAUCUUCGAUUAUCUUUUAAGGGCAACGCUGGUGUUCAGUUAAUUUUAUGAUUGAAGCCCUCUGAAUUUGCUAGUCAAUAAGAAAUCUUAAUUCCUACCAGAAUAGGUCCUGUCUUAAUUUCUUUGUUUGUUUGUUUCCAUAUUGUCUUAAAUCCUAUUUUAUUUCUCAUUGUAAAAGGCUAAACGUAGUUAGUAGGUGUUCAUAAUUUGCAUUUCAUUAGUGUGUCUUUUGUAAUGUACAUGGUGCUUAAGAACUGAUAGUCACACUAUCAAAAAGAGCACAGAGGCUACUAGGACAAUUUCUGGAUUUUUCUACCAUUUUUUUCAUUCUACUGCCUUAUAUAUAUAUAUAUAGUUUAGAGGAGAUAUCCAUUAUAAAAUUUUGAAAUCCUUGAAGGGGAAGCCUGGCAUAUGACAGGCAUAGUUGACCCUGUAGCAAAAACUGUUCAGGCAGCACAAGAACUGUAGAAGUUAAUAGUUGUUCCAGAGAACACUAGAGGACUCGGUAUCUAAAAUACGUAAACUAUCAACUGCAGAUUACCUGAUCUCUCCUUUAUUCUGCAUAUCAAUUUACCUCAUUGCUGCUGUCAAAAUCUAGUAGCAAACUGAAACUACGUUAUGUUUGCAUUUGUUGAAACUACCUAUUGAUACUCAUUGCCAUGGUUAUUCCAGUUCACACAACUGUGGGACUGAAACAUUAGUCCAGUCCUGAUGCAGUUGAAACCUAGUUAAUGUGAAACCCAGGUGGUGACUGACUGAGUUGACACUCUAAAAGGUUUCUCUUCAGUUCUCUUGGUUAGCUGAAUACUUUACCCUUGAAACAAUAUUCAGAAUGGUUAACACCAUAAAGAGGACACUGGAGUUUUCUGGCUUUCUUGUACUAUUUAUCAUUUUUACUCACGACCUAAUCCAGUCCUCAGUGAAGUCUGUAAAAGCCUUUCUGUUGGCUUCAGUGGACUUUGAGGUGCUUGUAGCUCACCAGGUCAUGAAAAUGAAAAGAAAAUGAACAUCUCUGUUCUGCAAUGCAGCUCUUGAUAGGCUGUCUCCAGGCAUUCUUCCUGCAAUCCAAGAAAUGCCAUAUGUAAUCGCAAAACUUGCCCUUGCAUUCCCGGACUUAAUCCUUGUUACUAAUGCUUGCAAUACUAGUAAUUGUUUUUCCUGCUUGCAUAACCAACUGCAUUUUUGCAUAGUAAACAAGAAAUUCUUGCUAGACCUAGCUUAAUAGUCACUACCAAAAUGAGGCUUGAUCUUGCAAUAUGACUUUCAGUUACGUUGCUAUGGAGAUUUUCACUGAACAAGAUGAUUUUCAAACUUUUUUCUGUAAAAAUAAUUACUAAGCCAUUGCCUUGAAGCUUCUGACUCUCAAAACCUGUUAUUUUAAUCUGUGUGCAAUCAUCUCAUGUUUUUUUUUUUUUUAAUAACUAAACUCACUUGACUGUACCUCGCUUGGCAUACUUUUUCUUUUCUAGUACAGAAAACUGGUUAUCUAGUUACUGUCCAGAAAAUCUCAAACUGAACUUGGGAGCACUUGGGUUUCAGCUGAUUUUUCUAAUAUAAAUCCGUGCUCAGAAAGGCAUUUAUGGUUUUAUGAUUACAUUCAGAAAAUGGGUGAAAUCCUGGUUGCACUGAACACGAUGGAAAUUUUGCCAUCAAGUUCAUUGAAAAUUUUAGAAUUUUUUUUCCAUAAAAAUACUCUGAAAACCUUUUUCAGAAUACAUAUAUAUUCAUAAAAAUGUUUGGUGUGAGUCUCAAAAGUACUUAAUAUUUAACUUAAUUCCACCCCUGCAGACCAGUCAGUUUGUUGCAAUGAUGAAUUGCUGAAUGGUUUUGAAAACCCUGGUUCUCAGUAGUUUAGUUCCCCUAAAGUAUGAUACCUUGCUGCUAUACAGUGUUUUUUUCUUAAAUAUAGCAUCAAGUGUCAUUUUGCAAAUAAACGAUCCAAACAAGGUGUUUAGUGUUCUGAAAUGAUGGAUUUUUUACAAACAGUGAAACACACAAAUGGAGUUUGUAUCUAUUAUCAUAGCUGCCUGCUAGUGGAGAAAACUUACUUUUUUAAUCUGAGACUUGCUGUUAACUUUUCUAAAUUAACUUGAGCACUUUAGGGUUUUUUUUUAACUGGGCUGAAUGCAAUCAUCUCUCCCCCCUCCCUUCCCCCCCUCCCGAUAAAUGUUAAAACAAGUUGUUUAAAGUUGUAUAUCUUCUUUUUUCAGUAUUAACACUGAUCUGUUUGUGCGCUCUAUUUCUUACUUGAGGUAGAAUGCACAAAUUAUAAAUGUGUUCUUGAAAUCAUCUCCAGACCUGCAUAGCUUUUAUCACUUGUACUAAUCAAAAAUAAAUCCCAAACUGCACUUCAUAAGGAUUAUGUUAUAGAUUGAAACAUAUUGUUAAUGUCCAUAGCUUUAAUGGUUUAUAAAGCUAAAUGUUGCAAACCACCCAUACCUGUUAAAGAUAAGGAAAAAACAACUUGUGAUGACUUAACAAGGAAACUAAUCUUCUAAGCUCUGGUAUUAAAUCAUUUAUUUUUGUGUUUUAAUUAUUGAUUCUGCUAUUAUAGGGCUCAUGCAUUGGAAAAAGUAACAAGAUAAAUUCCUGUUACAAUAUAUAUUAGCAAUAAAAAAAUUUUAAGUAUUUA